AUGACGCGUCGCACCACGCUUGGUGUGGCGAUAUUAGUGACACUCCUGACGGAAAUUACUAGUGAAUACUGCAAUCAAGACUUUUAUGAAAAAGUAUCCUCAGAAAAUGUUACAACAGAAAACGUCACUUCAGAAAAUGCAACAUCAGAAAUUGCAACAUCAGAAAAUGCAACAUCAGAAAACUCAACUUCUGCAAAUAAUACUUCAGAGGAUGUGUCAGAAAAAAAAUCUAAGAAGGUAAAAAAAAGUGAAAACAAAAAUUCGAAAAGGGUCAAGCGGUAUCAAAAACAUAUCGGCAAAGGUUCAGUCACAUCAGAAAAUGAGACUUCAGAAAACGUGACGUCAGAAAACGUGACGUCAGAAAACGUGGCGUCAGAAAACGUGACGUCAGUAAACGUGACGUCAGUAAACUUGACGUCAGUAAACGUGACGUCAGAAAACGUGACUUCAGAAGAAUAUCUUUCUCAGAAUGUAAGUUUCAGAGCUCAACGCGCUGUAAAUAACGUGUCUUCGGAUGAUGAUGUCGAAAUAAAACAAAAUGACCACAAUGGCUCUAGAAAAAAACGAUCAAUGAAAUCUGCUUUAGAAAAUGAUCAUUAUAAUCAUAGAAGUAGGCGUUCUUCAAGUAAAAAAACUAAAAGCAAAGCUAAACCUGUGGCUUCAGAAAACGUAACCUUAGAAGAUGUCACAUCAGAAAAUAUUACAUCAGAAAACGCUACUUCAGAAAAUGCAACAUCAGAAAACUUGACGGCAGAAAAUGAAUCAUCAGAAAACUCAACUUCUGAAAAUAAUACUUCCGAGGAUGUGACCUCAGAAAAAACAUCUAAAAAGGUAAGAAAAAGUAAAAACAAAAAUUUGAAAAGAGCCAAGCAGUAUCAAAAACAUGUCGGCAAAGGUUCAGUCACUUCAGAAAAUGUUACAUCGGAGAAUGUGACCUUUGAGAAUGUGACAUCUGAGAAUGUGACGUCUGAGAAUGUGACCUCAGAGAAUGUGACCUCUGAGAAUGUGAUCUCUGAGAAUGUGACUUUCGAGAAUGUGACCUCCGCGAAUAUGACUUCCGCGAAUGUAACAUCCGCGAAUGUGACAUCUGCGAAUGUGACCUCCGCGAAUGUGACCUCCGAAAAUGUGACCUCCGAGAAUGUGAACUCUGAGAAUGUGACCUCUGAGAAUGUGACCUCUACGAAUGUGACUUCUGAGAAUGUGACCUCUGAGAAUGUCACCUCUGAAAAUGUGACCUCUGAAAAUGUAACCUCUGAGAAUGUGACCUCUGAGAACGUAACCUCCGAGAAUGUGACCUCCGAGAAUGUGACCACUGAGAAUGUGACCUCUGAAAAAGUGCCCUCUGAAAAAGAUGAAUCUAAAAAAACAAAACAAAUUGAAAAGCAAAAAUUAAAAUCUUCGGAAAACGAUAAACAACCUGAAAAAGAGGCAAAGAAGGAGGACAAACAAAAAUUUAAACAAGCAAAGCAAAUUGUAAAAAGCUCAAUUAAGACUUCGGAGAACGUUAAAAUAAAAAAGUCUAAGAAAAAAGGGGCGGAGCAGUAA